AUGCUUCUCUCAAACUGCUCUGUUCACAGCGACGUGAUUGCCACAUCCGUGGCAGCACUGCUGAUGCUGGAGUUUGGGCUGGGGCUGAUGGGCAAUGCCAUCGCACUGUGGACCUUCUUCUGUAGACUCAAGGUGUGGAAGCCCUACGUCGUCUACCUGUUCAACCUGGUCAUCGCCGACCUCCUGUUGACCGUCUGCCUGCCCUUGGCUGUCAUCUUCUACCUCAGACACAAGAAGUGGAGCUUUGGACACACGUCUUGCCAAACCCUGCACUUCCUGCUGACACUGAGUCGUGGAGUAGGGGUCACCUUCCUCACCGCCGUGGCUCUAGACCGUUAUUUGAGGGUGGUCCACCCUUGGUGUAGGAUCAACCUCAUCUCCCCUCGGUCCGCCCGGGGGGUCUCCGUCUUUGUCUGGCUCCUGAUGGCAGCCGUCUCCCAUCAAAGCUUAUUUGUUUAUGAGGGUGCCAAGAAUCGGACUGAAUGCUACAGUGUCUACCCCCUGGAAGAGUUCUCCUCCAGUGUCAUUUGGCAGGAAACACUCUUCUUUCUUCAGUUUAUUCUUCCCUUCGGCCUCAUCUUGUUCUGCAAUGCUGGAAUCAUCAGGACCCUCCAGACGAGGCUCCGGGACCCAGAAAAACAGCCCAAGCUUCAUCGGGCCAGGGCGCUGGUGACGGUGGUGGUGGUCCUCUUUGGAGUUUGUUUUCUGCCCAGUUUCCUGGCCAGAAUCUUUAUGGACAUCUUCGGGCGGUCGGCAAGCUGCAGGGUCUUGAAAGCCAUGGUGCAGGCGUCCGAUGUAACAGGCAGCCUCACCUACCUCAACAGCGUCCUGAACCCAUUGGUUUACUGCUUCUCGAACCCAACUUUCAGAUAUUCCUACAGGAGGGUCUUCAGCACUUUCAGAGGCAGAAGGAAAGAAGCAGAACCUCAGAGUUUUGAACUCAAGGACUCAUAUUCCUGAGAACAGCAUUACUUCCUCAACUCCCUUUUUUAUAAGAACUACCUGGGAUCUAAAUAAUAAUUAUUAUUACUGUACAAUUCCAGAGGAAGUGGAAAUCUGCUGAGACUGCACUACAAAGAU